AUGUCGUCUUCUACUAGCCCAUCUACUGCGCCAUUGGCCAAGUACGCUGAGACAACAGAGUCCUCCCGUCCACAUCAGAGCAAUAUUGGUAGGAACAAUGAAUAUGCCCCAGGUCUGAUUCCUAAUGGAGGCGAAUUGUCUCCCCCUGUCAUCGGCUAUCAUGCCCCCAAGGUCUCAACCCUCCUCCAAGGCGCCAUCAGAGAACCAACCGAUGUAACCAAGAAAAGGAAAACUAGAUCAUCGGUUGUGAGCACCUUGACUCUAGCUCCAAAGAAAAAGGCCAAGUCUAAGAAAACCAAGCCAACCGACGACAUGCCUGCUUUGGAUCCAUCCAUUGAACAAGCUGUGGAUGAAAAAGAUAUUGAGGAUGAUGUUGAUCAGGCUGCAGCCGAAGUGAACAAUGUCGGCUUCUUCUUCCUAAAACCAGCGGUGAACGUGACACCGGAGGAGCUCUCCAGUGUGAUGGCGGGCAACCUGGAGUCAUGCUUCCACCUAAGCCAGCUGGUGCACCCUCUCCUCAAGGCCUCCGGCAAGGGCAACAUCGUCAAUAUCUCUGGCAUAUCGACUGUUACCGGAUUCCCAACUCUCCCCAUCUGUGUCUUCUCAACUGCAAAAGGAGCAAUGAAUCAAAUUACCAAGAGCCUAGCUGUUGAAUGGGCAAGCGACAAGAUCCGUGUGAACUGCAUCGCGCCGGGCAUCAUCGAUACACCCCUUGGUGAUGAUGGUGUUAGCGGGACGGACUUCAUACAAGACGACAUCGCACGAACGCCGAUGCGGCGUGUAGGCAAGCCGGAGGAGGUCUCAUCGCUGGUGGCGUUCCUCUGCAUGCCAGCGGCGGCAUACAUCACCGGCCAAAUCAUUUGCGUCGACGGUGGCCGCACCCUAUCUUAG